AUGCCACCCCCAACCCCCAAACCGAUCCCCAAACCCAGACCGCGCGUCCUAUCCCCCGAACAAUCCAAAGCCCUCCGCCGCGCAUCCCCAACAACUACACCUACACCGCAAGCCAGCACCACCAUUCCCCAGUCGCAGUCGCAGUUCCAGUCGCAACCCCAGUCCCAAACCCAACAGCAACAACCACCCCGCCAUCCAAACCGACCCAGCUUCUUCGCCCACCUACGCACCCGCUACGCGACCCUCCCGCUGCCCUUCCGCCGCUCCGUGCGCGUCCUAGGCGCCGCCCUCCCGCUCCUCCCUAUCGGCCUCUUCUUCUCCGAGCACGUCCUGCAGGUCAUGUGGGUGCGCGGACCCAGCAUGACGCCCUACCUGAACGAGGACUACGAGCAGAUGCACACCACCAGCGACAUGGUACUGGUCAAUAUGUGGGGGGGCGGGGGGUUCUGGCCGUGGGAGCGCAAGCGGAGGUUGGAGCGUGGGAUGUUGGUUACAUUUCGGUGA